AUGUGUUCGUGCUUUCGGUCUUGUGUGUCACUAGACUCUGAAUCCAAGAGAAAGAGAGAGUCCGACAGGGAAAAUUUUUCAUUCAGCGUAAGCCCAUCAAUAAGGGAUAUUAGUGUUCGGAUAGUUCAUGCUGGUGGGCUUAUAGAGCUGUAUCCAAAUGCAAUUCCUGCCUCUGAAUUGAUUCAGAAGUACCCCGGAAUGUGCAUCACUCAGCCUCAUAUCUUCACGUGCCCCCAUGAAUCAGUUUUAUCGGCUGAUGAUAUGCUGGUACCGGGGAAUAAGUACUUCGUCGUCCGGUCUAGUACCGUUGAGAAAUUGAAACGUAAAUACAAAGCUAAUCGACCUGCUGAUACUGAUGAGCCAAUCGUAGAUUCUAAAGAAACUGAAGGUGUUGGAGAGAAUUUUUCAGAAUACACUAUUUGUGCUGCCGAGGAUUUCCAUGUUCCUAAAGACAAUUGGUCUAAUUAUUUUCGAGAAAAAUGUGCUGAAAAAAAGCAAUUUGUACCCCCCAUUCAGAAGGCAAGAAUGUGGAAGGUUGAUUGGGAGCCGAGUCUAAAUUCCAUAAAGGAGCUAUCUCCAUGA